GAGAGAGAGAGAGAUGAGAGAGAGAGAGAGAGAGAGAGAGAGAGAGAGAGAGAGAGGAGGGAGGGAGGGAGGGACGGAGGGAGGGGAGGGAGGGAGGGAGGGAGGGAGGGAGGGAGGGAGGGAGACAGAAUGAAGGGGGAAUAGGGAUGGAGGGAGGAUAGAGAGGGGAGGGAAAGAGAGCCCGGAGAUUGGGGAGAGAGACUUUAAAGCUCUCAGCUCAUACGCACGCCGCCUCUGUUUGUAUACAGUGCGCUCUUCAGCCGGCAAGGCUCUCUACUCUUGUUCUCUGGCUUCAUUGUUCUCCAAGUCAGAAGCCCCGCUGCAGUGGCAGGGAAAACAGCCUAAGGAAAGCUGCGCAACGGCAGCCGGCUUCUUCACCGCCCCAGGUUUACCCAAGGAAAGCCACCGGGAGCGGCACAGCGCGGAGUCGCUCUCCCACACACAUCCCGCCUCCCAGGACUGGUCUCCUCUCUCCUUCCUAGCUAUGACUGAGUUGCAGCACUUUGGCUGAUCCACUCUGGGUUAUUCCCGGAUUCUACUCACCGCCCUUUGCCAAAGAUUCGGCAAAAGAAGAAGAGUGAAGAUUUCUCUCUUUCUCCUCUUCCUCUCUUUUUUAAAGAUUUAUUUCUCAUUCUUUAAGGAAGGUUUGAGGAAAUAAGACAUUUUAGUGUGAGGGAUCGCCUGACACCCAGAGCUUUAUUUUUGAGAAUCUCAACGUCGAGACAUUCUCUCGUUCCUCGACCCCUUCUGCACCAGGGGUUGCUCCAGUGGUGGAACGACCAUGAACCAUUCGGUAGUCGCUUGGCUCUUACUCUGUUUGAGUCUCUGCGUUCCACAAUUCACCAAAGGUGAUAUUUGUGAGUCCAAUCCAUGUGAAAAUGGAGGAAUUUGUUUGACAGGACUGGCUGCAGAAUCUUUUUCCUGUGAGUGCCCAGAUGGUUUCACAGAUCCCAAUUGCUCUAGUGUUGUGGAGGUUGCAUCAGAUGAAGAAGAGCCAACCUCAGCAGGACCCUGUCUUCCUAAUCCAUGCCAUAAUGGGGGAACAUGUGAAAUCAGUGAAGCUUACCGAGGAGAUACCUUCAUAGGAUAUAUAUGUAAAUGUCCUAGAGGAUUUAAUGGGAUCCACUGUCAGCACAAUAUAAAUGAAUGUGAAUCAGAGCCCUGUAAGAAUGGAGGGAUCUGUACUGAUCUUGUUGCCAACUACUCUUGUGAGUGCCCUGGUGAAUUUAUGGGAAGAAACUGCCAGUAUAAAUGUUCUGGUCCUUUGGGAAUUGAAGGAGGGAUCAUAUCCAACCAGCAAAUCACAGCUUCAUCUACACAUCGAGCACUUUUUGGGCUGCAAAAAUGGUACCCCUACUAUGCACGACUUAACAAGAAGGGACUUGUAAAUGCUUGGACUGCAGCUGAAAAUGACAGGUGGCCAUGGAUUCAGAUAAAUUUGCAAAGGAAGAUGAGAGUCACUGGAGUUAUCACUCAAGGAGCUAAGAGGAUUGGAAGUCCAGAAUAUAUAAAAUCCUACAAAAUUGCAUAUAGUAAUGAUGGAAAGAGUUGGGCAAUGUAUAAAGUAAAAGGAAGCAAUGAAGACAUGGUAUUCCGUGGAAAUGUGGACAACAAUACACCCUAUGCCAACUCUUUUACUCCUCCAAUAAAAUCUCAGUAUGUCCGACUCUAUCCCCAAGUGUGUCGGCGGCACUGUACUUUGAGGAUGGAGCUUCUUGGUUGUGAACUAUCUGGUUGCUCUGAGCCUCUGGGAAUGAAAUCAGGACAUAUACAAGACUACCAGAUAACUGCUUCCAGCAUCUUCAGGACUCUUAACAUGGAUAUGUUCACUUGGGAACCCAGGAAAGCCCGGCUAGAUAAACAGGGAAAAGUCAAUGCCUGGACGUCAGGCCACAAUGACCAGUCACAAUGGCUGCAGGUGGACCUUCUAGUACCUACCAAAGUGACUGGCAUCAUUACCCAGGGAGCUAAAGAUUUCGGUCAUGUACAGUUUGUAGGUUCCUAUAAGUUGGCAUAUAGCAAUGAUGGAGAACAUUGGACUAUAUACCAAGAUGAAAAACAAAGAAAAGAUAAGGUUUUCCAGGGAAAUUUUGAUAAUGACACACACCGAAAAAAUGUCAUUGACCCACCCAUCUAUGCACGGCACAUAAGGAUCCUUCCUUGGUCCUGGUAUGGCAGGAUCACCUUGCGGUCAGAGCUGUUGGGCUGUACCGAGGAGGACUAACAAAGCCCAAUACUUGGAAACUCUUCUUUCUCUAUUCUGAAAAAGUAUCUCCAUAGAAUAAACUGUGCAAAAUCUGUAGAAAAUUGAAUGUUUUUUUUGUUUUUAUUUUUGUUUGUUUGUAUUCAUGAACUAAUGGUAGGCUGCUAAUUGUCUUUUCUAAGGAUGUCUAAGCCUGCCCUUUAAUUGGUCCAACCUAAUUUUUGCCUUUAAGAUCUGUUCACCUGCAUAUUCUCUCUAGCCAUGAAAGUAACUUCCUCAUAUUCUUCUAAGUUGUUCAUCCUGGUUGAAAUGUGUUAGGAAAAGAAAGUAGUGUCUUUUUUUACAACGAAGGCUGAAAGGUCUGGUUUCCUCAAUGUGGAGAUGGAGAAAGUAAAUUGAAAAGGGGUUCUGACUUGUAAAAAAAGGAAUACUCCAAAUUAGCAAUAAAUUUUGCUUUGUUCUCUUCCCCCCCCCCUUUGAAAUAAUUACAUUUUCUUAAUAUUUCCUUAUGCCAAGCAAACAUUGUCAGUAUUUAUUGUACCUUUUAAAAAAGAACAUCUGUGAUGUGCACUCUUUGAUAUUAUAAACUACCUUCCAAAUCUAUUCUUCAUUUAAUUCUAAAACUAUUGAAAUUUCUCUCCCAUACAAUUCCAUUCAGUUUUCUUUCAUUGGUGUAUGAUCCCAAUACACUUAACCUUUUUCAGUUAAACCUCAUUCUUUUAUUUUCUGGAGGUGGGAGGAGGGGGGGGUAUAUUUGUUCAUAUGCUCAAUAUAAAGCUCUUCUAAAAUCCCUGAUUCUGACCCAGGGAUCUCCAUGGCUUUAUUCUGAAAAGAAGCCAUAACAGUAGAAAUGCCAAUAUCAAUCUCAAUCAUACUAUCUUUCGGCAAUAUAAUUAUCAAAGGACAAUUAGAAAAGUGGCAUUGCGCUCUUUUACACUUAUUUUUUCUACCAAGACAAAUGCCAUAAUCAAAUAACCUCCACCAUACUAUCAUUUGGCAAUAUACAUUUGAUUUUUUUUAAUUUAGCAGGAUAAUUAUAAACCCAGUUUGCUGUUAUGCUACAUCAGAAGUGUUUAACCUCAUUAAUAUGCUAUGGACUCCUUUGGUAGAUUGGAAAAGCCUAGAGACCCCCUUCUCAGAAAAAAACAAAUAUUUUUAAAUGCACAGAAUAAAAUACAUAGGAUUACAAAGGAAAACAAUUAUAUUUAAAUCUUUAUCAAGUCAUUAUAUAUUUUUGUUAUCUAUUAUUAAUUUCUCUCUCUCAUCUUGUUCUACCCACUUGGAAGAAAGGAAGGAAAGAAGGAACUCAUACCACAGUCACAAUCAAGAAAAACAAUGUCCAACAUAUCCCUACAUUGGCCAUGCUCUAAAAUAGAUUUCUUAUUCUGCAUAUCAAUCUAUCUGCAUAUCAAUGUAUGUGUGUUGAGGUGGAUGAUGUCCUUCUUUAUCUGUCCUCUAGAAUCAUGGUCAUUUAGUUGGUCAGAGUUCACAAAUAUUUCAAAUGUGUUCAUUUUUUUUAAUAUUGAUGUUAUAAAUCAUUCUCCUGGUUCUGCUUACUUUACUCUGCAUCAGUUCAUAUAUGUUUAUCCCUGUCUCUUUAAAGCUGUCUCUUUCCUCAUUUCUUAGAAAACAAUGAUAUCCCUUCAUGUUCAUAUACUGUAAUUUGUUUAAAUCAUUCAAAAUAUUCAAAAAGCCAAGUUCAAGGACCCCAAAUCAAUAAUGCUAUUCUGAAGAAUGUUUAUUGAAGUACGGUGAAGCAGAAUUUUGUUCAAAAUACUCAUGUUGUAGGUUAUUUACUGCAUUUCAAAAAAAUAAAGUAAAAUAUCACUGACAUUGGAAUUUCAAAAGCCUCAGUUGGGGAAAAGGGGGAAAGGAAUAUCCCCAAGGACAAAAAGGUCCAGAAUUUUGGGAAAAAAAUAAAAGAAGAAUGAAGAAGCAGAGAUGUCUCCAUAACAGUACUGGUCCUUCAAAGUGUAUUUAUAUAAGUAUUUAUUUUGUAAGGCUUAGACAUAGAAUUUUCAAAGACUUGAUUUAAGGGUCCUUUAAAGGUUAAAAGAAAGUAUGGUAUGUGUACAAAUAUGUUACAGUCCUGUGCAACACUGUUAAUUAUUUUUUUCUUCAUUUGUGCUGCAUAACAAAAGCCACUAGACUGUUACUGUCUUGUCUAUAAGUGUGUUAACAGCAUUGUUUAAUGAUAUAUAUACAAAGUGGUCUUCAAUCGCAGUGAACAAUUUAAAAGAGAAAGUCAAUCAUAAUGGCAUUUUUUCCAAAAACAAAAGCUAUUGGUGUAUCGAGGGACUAUAGAAGUUGGUUAUUGACCAGUAGCCUCAAAAGUAUCACAUUAGGCUUUAGUGGUGAAGCUUUGUUUUACAAUAUCUCAAAUGAUGAUUUGUUCCCAUUAGCUUCAAAAAUUGGGUUGCCAUUUUUCAAUAUUAGGUAUUUGCCCAGAUAUGUUAUUUUCCAGUUGAAGUAGAAUUUAUUUUUUAUUUAUUUCAUAUACAAAAUCCUUGGUUCAUGAAACACACAAUGAAAUGUCAAGUCUGCAGUCCUUUUUCUCUCAAACUCAUUCCUUUCUCACAGCAUUUAUUACCAAUCUCUUUUGUGGAUCGUAUUCCAUAGCUUUAUCCCUAAGAGCCUGCAGAGAGAGCUCAAAAUGUUAUGACUAAGGCUUUGUGAUGAUUUAUGGAGGCAAAAGCAUCACUUAUAGUGCCAUCAGAUGCUAUAUUGGGAUUUUUUUCUAGUAAUACUAUUCUUUUUUAUUAUCCGUUUGCUGGAAACAUUGGUUAAAGCUACAACUGUAAAUUUAGUAAUAUGUUGGAAAGCAUUCUAUUAUCUUGCUUUUGUAUUUCUUCACUGGGUACACACAUUGUUCACUGACACUAACAGCAAAUAUGACAUACGUGUCACUUGCCUUUUCUUAUUUGCUGGCAACAGUGGAGUUUCCAUCCACAGAAAAGUUGAGAAAUAUGCUGAAGUUGUGCUUAACUUUUGUGUUAAUUGUAUAAUGACCCUGAACUGGAGCAAAAAUGUUUCAUUUCAACUUCACACUAAGUCCGUUAAAUCUGAGUAGGCAAAUCACACAGAAAAGUCUCCACUCUAGCUCUCCAGGGCUUGAUACAAGUUGAUUCUGUGGCUUGGAAAUUCAAAAAUACACACACGCACACAUACACACAGACACACACAUGGGUUUUAUCUAUGUCCUAAUAAAGCUUUUAUCACAGCCUUGGGAUCUGAUCUUUACACUGACUUUCUCUCAUGGAAUGAUUACAUACAGAUUAGUAUGAAUUCAGAAGACCUAAGGGUAUGAAUGAGUAUUUCUUUGCUAGACAACAAAUUAUGAACUAUAAUAUUCAGUGCUGGCUUCUGAUGUGUCAUUAAGUACAGAGCGAUCUGAGACACAUGACUUUUGCAACCUUUCAAGCUGUGUAAUAUUCAGAUGUUUUUGUAUAUACUUAAAUCAUGUAGAAUGAUGUAAAAGCAGUAUGACCUUGUCUAGUCUUCAAACUUACAAUAAAACUUUUGAAACUCUAGGAUACUUUUGAAGCAGUUGUAAUUAAAUACAUUUAUAAGAAUGCA